GCUGCAGUUGAACGGCUUACGCAUCUUGUCGCUGAUUCCUGGCAUCAUUGAGCAGCUCCCUGGAAGGGUGGUCGAAGAAGCUGCGAAUUUGUCCAUUGUCCCAACAGAAGAGGGCGUUCUAUGCCGCUCCUCGUUCCCUGCAAUGGUCCGUAAGAGAUACGGAUUUGGAAUGAUGGGUGUCCACAGGCCGCGUUUUCUUGCACUUUUGGCCUCGACGGCGGCUGCCCAUGGGAUACCUAUCCACUACAACAUGAGCGUUGUCCACGUGACACAAUCUGAUCAGUGCGCGACAGUCCAUUUUGACAAUGGGCAAUGUGACUCGGCCAGUUUUGUGGUCGGCUGUGACGGACUGCACAGUGUGGUCCGCACUGCACUGUUUGGAAGAGACGCCCCUACAUUUACCGGUCUGACACAAGUUGGUUCUGUCUGUUCGUGAACUUCGCACAGGGUCGUUGAACACUGCGCAAUCACGCAGAUGGGUGGAUUCAUUCCGAUGGCGUUUCCCGACCAGAAGCCAACAAUUUUCAACUUCUUUGGGGAUGGUCUCCACGUUAUCUCCUAUCCCGCUUCAGAGACGGGAUACAUAUGGGGGUGAGUCACUUGGAAUCAACUUCAACCACGGCCACGUGACAUUUGUUCAAGAAUCACACAACGCGAAGCGGAGAUGAAAGAAACAUGGCGCGUCAUGAACUCUGCUUGCCAGGAGUCCAUCCGAUCUGGACCGUUCUCUCGGCUUCCGUUUGGCAUCGGCAAACUCAUUCAAGCUUCGGAGAGAAUUACGAAGUUCGGCUUGUACGACCGACCGGAACUGAAGUCCUGGCACAAAAAUCGUGUGAUCCUGAUCGGUGAUGCAGCUCAUCCAACCAGUCCC